GCCCAUUGAGGCUGUUUUUCACGGUCGUCGACGGCCGGCUUCGGGCCGUUUGCAUCCGGGCUGGAAUUACAUAUUAUAUCACACCGUCCAACUCCGACCCCUGGAAUAUCGGACAUCCGACCAUAUGAUGAGAGAGGCGGCCGGCCAAAUCUGCCCCUGUUGUACAUUUUGUUGCGGAGGACGGUCGUAACUCGUUACUCCAGAUGUAUUGGAUCCGAUAAGAUCCGUGCCGCGCCAUAUUUCUUUUUCUUCGCCUUGCACAUGUAGCGGCCGGUGCUCCACAUGGAAAGAAUACACUGGGAAACAGGAUCCGUACAUAUAUAUAUACGGCGCUCCCUCCCACCCGCACCCCCAUCAAUUCAUAGAUACAGUAUAUGGGCAUUACAAGUUAUCAAAGCACAUCAGCAUCUCCACUCUCAAACUCCACUCUCAACAUCACAUCACUUCAAAAACACUGACCCGACACCCACCCGAAAAAAAUGGCCUCGACAACCACCCUAACAGCCCCGUCGCUCCUAGCCAGCAAAAAACCCUGGGACGCCCGUCUCGCCGGCCCCGUGCCGCAUGACGCGACGUAUUAUGCAAAGUGCUUCAUGUCCGGGAUUGUGGCGUGCGGGACGACGCAUACGGCUAUGACGCCGUUGGAUGUUACGAAGUGUAGUAUGCAGGUGAAUCCCGCAAAGUACACCGGUCUCGGCCAAGGCCUACGAACCAUCAUCGCCGAAGAAGGCAGCCGGGCGCUCUUCAAAGGCUGGGCGCCGACCGCGAUCGGCUACGGCGCGCAAGGCGCCUUCAAAUUCGGCCUUUACGAGUACUUCAAGGACGCCUACUCAAACCUCGUCGGCGAGGAAUAUGCGCACAAGUACAAGCAGCUCAUCUGGUGCGCCGGGUCCGCGUCCGCGGAGUUCUUUGCGGAUCUCGCCCUGUGUCCGAUGGAGAUGACGAAGGUGAAGGUGCAGACGUCGGCGUUCGGGACCUUCCCGACGGCGCUUGGACCCGCCCUGUCGACCAUGAUCUCCAACCGCGCUGACACGAGGUUCCCGUACGGGUCGCUGGGUCCCCUCUGGGCUCGCCAAAUCCCCUACAACGUCUCCAAAUUCUUCUUCUUUGAGCAAAUCGUCUCCGGCUUCUACACCUACCUCCUCACCAAACCCAAAGACUCCUACUCCAAGACAACGCAGCUGGGCGUCACCUUCGCCUCGGGGUACCUCGCGGGCGUCGUCUGCGCGAUCGUCUCCCACCCGGCGGACUCGAUCGUGUCGCUCAUGUCCAAACCCGAUAACAAGGGGAAGAGUGUGGGGCAGAUUGCGAGGGAGACGGGCGCGAGACGGUUGUUGACGGGGGGUUUGGGGACUAGGGUGCUUAUGAUUGGGACGCUUACGGGCAUGCAGUGGUGGAUCUACGACUCCCUGAAGACCGCCAUGGGCAUGGGAACCACCGGCGGCGCCUCCCCGGUCAAGUGAAGUAACCCCGCCAGUAGCAGCGUGCAUUCGACGCGCGGCGGCUUUCAACGGACCACGGAUCGCCAAUAGAACCCAGAGGCUGGAAAAAGCCGAAACUGUUAACAUCGAAUCAGGAAUAUACCAUGGCAGAGAAGAGUAGGGAACGUUCAAAGCGCCAAUUCAGUAGUCCUGCAUCUAGACCGCACAGAUGAAUAAGGUAUAGUCAGUAACCCCGCGCAUAGAACGCGAUCCACCCCAUUUCUAUACGUAGAAGUAGUGUCUUAGUCUGCCACUCGACGAUUAGAUGUGAUUUGAGCGAUGGCUUUGUCCUUGAGCAAAUGGUGAAUGAAAUG